ACCAGCUAUUAUCAACAAAUAGCCUCGACUUGGUAUUCAAUGUUAUUCUAAGGUAGACCAGCAUUUUGGCAGCAGCUGCGUGGAGCAAACGACCUGAAGCUCGUUGAAUACCAAAAAAAUAUUAUGCUUCCUCGGAGGUUGAAGCAAUUGGUCUUCGUAUCUUUUCACAUUUUUCUGGUAGUGUUGUUCGUUGUGGCGAACAAUGACUUUUGUGCAAGCGUUUUUGAAACUCAAGUUGAUUUCACUUUACUUGAUCACGUCAUCAACAAAACUGAUGUUGCCGAUGAGUUUGAAUGUCAGCUAAAAUGUAUGGGAAACAACAGUUGCAAGUCGUUUAAUGUUCAUCGCAAUGGCAAUAAUGCGAAGAAGCUUUGCGAGCUCAACAACAAAACCCGGCAGAUGAAGCCAGGUGAUUUUAAACGGAAGAAAGGAUCUACAUACUAUGGUUCGGUUCAGGGCACUUGUGUAGAUGUUUCUCGUCAGCGAAGCGGCAAAACGAAGGGCGGCCAGUGUCAUCCGAACUACAAAGGAAAAUUGUGCCAAACACCCAAGAAGGGUUCGAGUGCCCAGCAUCCUGCUCGCUCUUGUAAGGAGAUCCGAGACUUUGCGGACUCCAUAGGAGACGUGGAGUACUGGAUCGACCCAGAGAACAAAAGGAAUCCUUUUAGGGUCUACUGUGACAUGAAAACUGAUGGAAGAGGCUGGUUACUUGUAGCAAACUUUGUUUUGAACUCUACUUCACCCCCUGACUGGACCGCUGCGUCAUCAUACCGCGGAAUCAGAAAAUUUACCAACAACAAAACGGGUAUCGCAGUGAGUGCACUGAAAGAACUCAGGUCACACUUGUCUUUCACUCAGCUACGAUUCCACUGCAGUAAGAAACAAGGUCGUACGUUCCACGUGACCACGGUCAGUAACAGCACCGGUGAAGCUGUGGUUGAGUACUUCAGCGGCCAGACGGAUGUGCGUCCCGAUUCAUGUGGGUCUUUUCAGAGAAUGGAAGACGACAACUCUAAGUUGGUCAUUGAGUGUGAGAGUUGGAAUAAUGACGGAAAAUGGGGAUUUAAUGGAAGCAAUGUGGAACGGAGGCUGUACAGAUUUGUCGCACACGUUCCAUUCAAACAUAAUUGGCGUCUAUAUGGUAAAUCCUGGUCCUGCGAUGAUUGGUAUCAUGUCCCCGUUUCGCCAGGAGAUUUUUGGAAAAUCUAUGUGCGCUAA